UUCUGUUAAAAAGAGAAUAAUAUGAAUGCGUGGUAAUCUAUUACAAGUUAGUGUAAGCACUAACCACUUGCUCCAAUAGGUGGCAGUCGUUCCAUUCAAAGGUCGGUUAAAAGUAGAAGAAGAAAACAGCGGAAGAAGAUGUCUAGUUUCGCUUCCGACUGACCUAUUUAGCUUAUCAUCAUAUUAGCUGCAGUUUUGUGCCCAACAGUGAAAUUGGAGUGGAUGUGGAGUUCGCGUACCUGGUCACUACUUUAUGACUUUUCAUCUAAAAAGAAGCGGUACAGAGCAAAUGAGCCUUAGUAGCCUAAAGCGUGACGGAGUAGACUAGCUGCUGUUAGCCUCUUUCCUUUAGCUGUGCGAUUAAAAUGAGGCGUCAGAUGUUAGCUGCGCCGUAAAUUCAUCUGGGCUCUUCACAGAAGCUAGCUAGUUGAUUAACGAUUGCUGGCUAAUUAAAGCUAUACUUUUAGUUUUGUUAGCUUAGAUAGGUUCACUCUCUUAACACCCUUGGAUGUUCAGUGUGUCAGGAAGUGACUCUUCAACCCCAUGUCUGCUGAGGCUUCAGUCGGCAGUCAUGCUGCCAACUCUGCCCAGUCCACUGUUUCCCAGCCUGCCUGCCUUCACACAGAUGAGCACAGGAACCAGGGUCUGCUGGGGAGCAAGUACAUCAAGUUAAAUGUUGGUGGCUCAUUGCAUUAUACAACCAUCCAGACGUUAAGCAAGGAAGACAGUCUGCUGCGGAGCAUGUGCAAUGGAGAAACUGAAGUUACCAUAGACUCAGAAGGUUGGGUAGUUUUGGAUAGAUCUGGUCGGCAUUUUGAGUUGGUUCUGAACUUCCUUCGAGAUGGCUCGGUACCACUUCCAGAGGACCACAGAGAACUAGAUGAAGUUCUAAAAGAGGCUCAGUACUACCGGGUCCAGGGGCUCGUCCAACACUGCCUCAGUGCCAUGCAGAAACAAAAGGAUGUCUUUGAAAGUGUAUGCCGCAUACCCAUGAUCACCUCAGCCAAAGAAGAACAGAGGAUGAUUGCUACAUGUAGAAAGCCAGUAGUAAAGUUGCAGAACAACAGAGGAAACAACAAAUACUCAUACACCAGCAACUCUGACGAUAACCUGCUGAAGAACAUUGAACUGUUUGACAAACUCGUCCUGCGAUUUAAUGGCGUCCUGUUUGUCAAAGACGUGCUGGGGGAUGAGAUCUGCUGCUGGUCUUUUUAUGGCGAAGGCCGCAAGAUUGCUGAAGUGUGCUGCACUUCCAUUGUCUAUGCUACAGAGAAGAAGCAGACCAAAGUUGAGUUUCAAGCCCGAAUAUUCGAAGAAACCCUCAAUAUCCUCAUCUAUGAGAACAACAGAGGAUCUGGACCAGGAGGCUUGCACCUUUUAGAUUCAAGAGGCUCCGGUUCAUCGCUGGGAACUGGUCAGUCAGAGGAAGAGGGUGCCGUGGGAGGGGAUAGACGAGCACGACGGAUCCACGUAAGGAGACACAUAAUGCAUGAUGAAAGAGGCCACGGUCAGCAAACUGUGUAUAAGGACUAAUAAUGUGAAAACAAGGCAGGGGAAAGGGACUUAAAAAAAAAUCCCAACAUAGU